GAUGAGAAGGAUGUGUCACAAUGACAGUUCUGUGACAUGAUAGUCAAACUAAAGUUGUAAACUUAGAACAAUGAAUAUUAGAAGAAAAGCGCAGCUUAUAACAGUUAGAGGUUUCAAUGUGGAUACAAGUGGGGUUUGAUUUAUCGUAUUAGUUAAUUAGAAAAGUGACUGCACCAUGGAGGAAACGUUCUUUAAUUCAACGCCUCCAUCCUUUUCUAAAAUUUCUCCAGCUUACUGGAAUUACUCCGAUCAUAUUAUGCUGGACGACCUCAAACUGGACACAAACUUUAUUUGGCUGCUCUGUUCUUUAGUGUCUGCUAUCUCCUGGGUUAUUUAUAUAGCAUAUUAUAAUAGUAGAGUUAUCGCUUACAUCAUAACGAGAUUGUUGAAUCGAUUUGUGAUAAGGGAUGGUUACGUUAAAGUUGGAUCUUUUACGUUAUGUGCGUUGAGCGGAAAAAUAAUGUUUAGGGAUAUAGCUUACAUUACGACUGAUUAUAGUUUAAGAAUUCAAGAUGGCUGGUUGAUAUUUAGAUGGUGGAGAAGCUACGUUCCAAAGGAUGUUUCCGAAGAUCUCUCGCACUCUGACACUCGUCUGUCCGUCUUAUUGAACGGAUUUGAACUCCAUGUUUACAAUCGCUGUCAAUUCUAUGCACAAUUAGAGAAAACGUUUGGCCUCACGCCGCAAAUGUUUCACGACAUAGAAAUACACAAUGUGAAUAUCGAUGACUGCGACGCCGAGUCCAUGAGCAAUAAUGCCGCCAAUGAAAGUCGACAGCAAAUCAAUGCCAUGGAUGUGUCGAGACACGUCGAUAAUAUCAGGAGACAAGAGGCCCACGUAAUUGCCAGGACGUGGCGGGACCUCAUUCCAGUUAUCAAACUGGACAUCUGCACAGGCCGUCUGGUGUUUGGUAAUCGUCUAGUUCCAACGACUCUCUCCAUAACAGUGGAAGAGGCACACUUUGUGUAUUCGACGAAGCCCGCAGCAUCUCGCCAUGAUCAUUUUAUGCAUUUUACAAAAUGCAAUGCAGAAAACUUUAAAGUAAUUUUAGCACCCAGUCCUAAAUAUACGGGAAUGGUUGAUGAUCCCCCAAGAUACAUGGGCGAGGGUUUUGUUGUUUUGAGCUCGAACAAUAUUGAGCUCUACUAUUACAUGGAUGAGCCUGGAUUCGUCCCAGAGCAUCCAGAGAUGAUUCGGCUAGCAAAUGGUGAUGUGGUGGAAGCCAUGCCUCCCAUCUGGGGAAUAGACAUCAAAUGCGGUAAAGGUACCGACUUUAGUUACGGACCGUGGGCCGACAGACAAAGAGAGCAUCUUUUCAAAUUCUUUUAUCCCAAUGAAUAUCAGUCUCUUAAAGUGACGAAAUCUCCGAUUCCUGGAGAGAAGCGGCAAGUCCAGUCCUUCGACAUUCGACUCUCGACUUUAAACGAAGCAACGAUCGACAUAUUAUUUAGUAAAAAUAGAGAAACGAACGCAGUCCACGUGAAUGUGGGUGCGGGCUCGUAUUUAGAAAUUACAAUGCCAUGGAUAGUUUUACAAGACGGCUACUCGACCAAAAUCACCGGACAGUUGCUCCAUCUGGAGGCGACGACUAGUCUCCAGUAUCGCAGUCUGGUGGAAAGUGAGACUUUGGAAUUUGGCGUCAAGUGUCAUUAUCCCAUCAGAUGGAACGAUCAUCAAGAGUGGACGUUAAACUUGACGGGCUGCAAAGCAACUGCGAAUCUCGUCUACUCGCACAAGGAAUUUUUUCAGGAUAUGAUCAACGACUGGGGUAGCAAAUCACGACCAGACAUUUUGCAUUUUGUGCCAUACACCUGGAAAAUUAGCCUUCUAAUGAAAGAAUUUGAACUAAUAACAAUUAGUAACGAGUACAACUGGAUUGACUGUUCCUCUCAGAAUCAGGAAAAUGCGCACAUUGCCUUUUGCGGGGAAUUCUUUGACCUCUCGUUCGAUUUGCCCUUUACGGACUUUCUCCCAGUGACGAUCCCCUUGCGUUUUUGGCUUCAAGGGGAGAGUGUGGAUUUGGCCUUCUAUCUACCCGAAGUCAACACCAAUCGUGUUGUUCUGUUGGCCCUGCACAAAAAUGCCAAAAUCAUGACGAGAGACGGUUCCUGUAAACCGAUUUCGGAACUCAACCGGGGAAAAAAGUGGAGAAACGUCUGCCAGAGCGGAUUAGGUUGGGUGGAUUGUUGGUCCGUCCCGAUUGUUGCCGUGAGCAUCAACUACACUUACCAUCCCUGUUCGCCCUUGGGACCAACACCACAAGCGAACAUCACCACACCCGAGAAGGAGGAGAUCCUACUCUCUCCGAUGAGGAUACCCAGAUGCAGAAAAUCGCCUGGACUCUAUUGUUCACAGGACGGCAACCAAAAGUUUGAUCCGCAGACUUUGAUACCAGACAAAGUCAGUCUCGAGCUUGAAAUUGGCCCCUCAGUUCUCUACCUGAACGGCUCUCUGAUCAAACACUUUGUGCAUCUGAAGGAAAAUAUAUUCGGCGAUUACCAAGCGUUCACAGACAUGCAGAAAACGCAAACUAGUUCAACCUCGGUUGCUGCGGAGAAGACAAAAGACAAAGAUGCUCAGAAUAGCAGUGUGGAAGCUUCAGUGGAGGAUGAAGAAGCGAGAACAAAAGCCUUCGAUCCUCGGGACUAUCGACCUCUCGAAGUUACAGUUGGGAUCACGAUGCACGAUAUUCAGGCGCACUUGGUGAAAAACUGCAACGAGAGUGAUCCGCCGUGUCCGAUUAUUUUACUCGAGCGAUUUGGAUUUGAAAUGAGGAAGGGCUUCAGGGAAACGCAGCUUCAGUUGCUGCUCUCGCCGGCCAUCAUGCUGCUCACGGAUAAUGUCACGAGGUCGGGAAAGGAGAGACAUUUGAAUCAAGGACAUCUGAUGUUGAGUGCCUUGCAAGUGAGAGGUCACGCGAUGUUCAGCAGCGAGGGCAGGAGCCUGGACCAGGAGACUUUGGAGUACGCGUGGAUGAUCGAGGUUCAGUUGGGAAAGCUGAGUGGAAAAAUCACUUCUCCGCAGUUGCAUCAUUUGAUCACAUCGCUCGAAACUUUUCUCUUGAUGGCCAAGAAUUCGGAAAAUAGUUUGAGACCUCCCGAUUUGCCGCAUCAUUGUCAUCAUGGUUUGUCACCGCUUCAGUGUCCAGACAGCAAUCCUGAUUUACACUACAGAUGUCCAAGUUCAGAGGACAUCAAGUACAGAAUGACGAGGGUGUCGAUAGACGCAUUGGACUUGUACCUUCAAGAAUCAGGAACAGCCACUCAAAUUUGGGUUUCGCCGAUUCGUGUUUCCACCUGUAAUUUGCACGGGCAACAAGUGAAAUCUGGAGUGACUGGUGUCUUGCCCACAAUAUUAAUUCGACAAUUUGUCUCUGCAUCCGGCCAUUUUGCCAACACGAGCAAUACGAAUACGACUGGUAGUGGGCGAUCGCACAACAACGCAAGUAGCAGAAUGUCAGGUGAUGGAUCCGACAUUUGGCUUGAGGUUGGAUCCGUGUCUUUGGGUCCCGUGGUCAUUGAAGCUGCAAUCUCCCUUCCAACACCAGAGCACAAUCUUCAUUUAGUUCAAAACAAAUACUUGAAAACUCACGACGAAACGUCGAAACGACUGUGGUUCCUUUGGCCUCAGGAAAGUGGAGUGAAGCCGACGAAAUGUGGAUGCAUAGGCGGCUGCAUCUUCUUUGGCAACAAUAAAAACGGCCCGAAAUUCUUCAAGCCGAGUUAUCACGACCUCCACGAUGGAAUCAACAUUGCUGCGUACAGAAUUUACGAACCAGGAAAGGAUAAAGGGUUCGGACAGUCGAUUUUGCACCCAGGUCAAUUAGUUUUCCAUACUCCACCUUACAGUCUGCAGGACGUGACACUUCAGGAUAUAUGUUAUCCUUCCUCAAGUUUGCAAGUGCCAGGCCAAGAGGGUUCCCAAGGUUCCAAAGUAGGUGUCGAAAGAUCAAGAUCCGUCAUGGAUCACAACAAGGAUUCCAAUAUCGAGGAAAGCUCAAGUAUGAAGCUGAGCGCAACUUUUGCUAUUCCGUUGGCUGCUAGUUGUGAUGGAAAACCACUAGGACGUCGAUUUUCCUACACCUCGAAUAGGGGAUCAAAUGUGAAGGACGUUCCGUAUUCUCGAUUAGUGGACGCAAGUCCCAUUAAUCAACUACCACUGAAAUUGGAUUCAGAUUCAAUUUUGAAUACUGAACGUAGCAAAUCAAUUCUAAAUGUCCCUGAAAUAGAAACGGCGCCAAAGAGCAGUGCUUCCGAUUCAAAACUGGCUGUGGAUUACUUCAGUGUUCCAGAAAACGAGUUCUUUCAACAAAGUGCUAGUCCACAACUUUUAAAAAUCGUGACCACAGAACCGAGUCCAGUAUCCACCAAUGCCAAAGGAACUGAUUGUGUCAACGUUUCUGACUCGCAUCAUUCACUCUCGGCAAGAUCAGAUUCCGAGGAAAGACUGAAGCAAGAGGUUCAACGAACCGUAUCCAUGUCCUCUGAAAAUCACUCCGAAGCAUUUUAUUCGGCUGAUGAAGACAUCAGUCAUGGUCUGGGAGGAAGUCAAACUCCUAGUUUACGUCAGUCGAUGAUAGGGUCCGGUCCGAUUCCAACUCGAAAUGACAGCAUCAAGAAGAAGUUUUCUUCCGACCUGUCGAUUGUCGAAAGUUCGGCGAAUGUCAAUCUCGUUGUGGCUGAGAAGGCGCAUACGCUCGAACGAACGAAACCGCAAUCUCUGUAUGCGCGAAAAAGUCCGAGAAUUCAAAAUCAUACGUCUUUUAAGAAAGACGCUGAAGCAACUGAAAAUGGCAUUCUUCAGGAUUCGUCCGACAGUCAUUCCAUUUCCUCGACGAGUUUCAUAUCGGCAGUUUCUUCGCAGGAGGAUAUGACUUUGGUGAAUUUGCAUAUGCAGGUUAAUAAACCGAUCGUCGACUCGCCACUUUUGAUGUCCAGUUACGUUAGUCACUUGACUCAGGUUCGUUGUUGUAAUUGGAGUGAGUCUUCGUUGCCAAGUGGAGGCGACGCUUUUACAACUCCUCUGUUUCAACCAACCAAAGAUGGACGAUUGGUCUACGUUGGAGGACGCUACGUUCCGAAAUAUGAGACUGUUACUGAAGGUUUUACAACUCUUAAAAUGAUCACACGGAACGAAGGAUCGCCGAAGGCGUGCUCCUCCAACAGAACACCGACUCACCCCUACCUCUGGGACAGUUCGACAUUGAUAAGUUCUGAAGGUGAAGAUGAUGGAGCGACACAUGACGAGGAAGAACUUUUGGCUGUUCAGCAUGAGACUGGAUCGCGGACAACAGUCAUUGUCAAACUUAAAGGCGACGUUGACAUCAUGUUGAGUCCCAUGGUUUUAGAAUCACUGCAGCGGUUCAUCGACGCGAUUACUCCCACUUUAGCGAAUUUGCACCCUCUCACUAUAUUAAAUCACGUCCAUAACGAAUGCAUUGGAAAGGUCGAGGAUGCAAAUAUCUUGAAGCAGGAUCAAAGUUUGUCCUACUGGAGUCAAGUUCAAACGAGCUCGAAGCGAUCAACAGCGGAGAGGAAUGUCAAAGGCGACAAUGGUAAAAUUGCUUUGCAGACGAGUGUUUACGAAGAAAGUAUUACUACCCAAAUACAGGGCAGCAUUACAUUGCCAAAGAUAAAUAUCACCCUGCUUCAAGCGUCAGUGGUGGAGGAAAUAAUUUCAUUCUCUGCCCUCGACAAUAUUCGCGAUUUGACCUGUGUCUCAUUGUUUGCAAUUUGCUUCGAUGAAGUGACAGCGAGAUUUUACCUCGGAAAGCAGGCUCGAGAAGUCGUGCAAACAUUCCACAAGCCGGCCGUUUUGCCGAAUCAAAAGAAAGUCAACAAAAUCACGAAAGCUUUUUUGCCCGGCCACCGAACAGCCGCUGUUGUUGCGGAUAUUGGGGGCGGCGAAACAGUUUAUAUCGAGACAUCGGAAAAACAGCAGGAAGAGAUUAUAGUGACAUUGAACGUUGGAAAAGUUCACUCUCAAUUACGGAGGCUGAGGAACGAAUCGUCAAUCUUGAAAGACGCUGUGAUAACUGCCAUACCCGCACACUAUUCCAAAGUUUUAUUCACCUGUACCAGAAUUACAUUUCCCUUAAAGUGUGUCGAUUAUUACCUCCAGCAACCUCUAGAUGAAAAGGAAAAACAGAGCAAACAAAUGGGUCCACCGCAAGCCACUGAAGAGUUUACAAUGGGAAGUGGAGAAGACAGACUUGGGUUUAUAAUGUUUGAAUGCGGUUUCGAAGGCAUUAAACUGAAGGUCGCCAAGAGAUCGCAAUUUGAGAAAGGUGAAAAUGGAACUGACGAGAAGAAAGUCGAGACCGAAAUCUUGUACACUGAUAGUAUGAAGAGUCAAGAUGAAUUGGAUAACACUGCAACUGCAGAAACACUCGAAGCCGAUUCUGGAGCUUCAACAACGCCAAACACAGCUCCAGCAAACACAAGCGCGACGAGCAACAACAACAACACAAUUACGAAAGCAACAAAUGGAAAUACGGUUUCUUGUGUGAUAGAAUUGAGAACCGUGUGGUUUAAUUUUGCCGCUCCACCACGAACACCCAUCACCAGAAAAAUUGACUACACCAGAUUAGAUUGGAACCUGCUCAGCACAGCUUCUCCAGCCAUAAACGCCUGGAUGAAUCCGAGCAACAGAUUUGCGAUCCGAAUAAUUCAUAUGUUUCGGUCCAUGUAUAGAAGAUCGACCGCGGUUGUCGCGUGCUUGAUGGCUGAAGCUUUGGACAUUCAAGGCAUCCAUAUGCCUGCAAAGAGUCGAUAUGGUAGAUUAACGCCACUAGCCAAAACUCUGCAAGAGGACCCUUCUUGUCAAUUAUGUAGCGUUUUACAGAAUUAUGUUUUACUCUCCGACAUCACCAUGAUUGAAGACAAUCUCAGAGAAACUGACUUGCCUCUUUUAUCGACUCUUCGACAAGGCGUGAUUGUCCUAAGCAGACAAUGGAAAAAUGUUCUCUAUACACCAUUAUUGCUCGAGCAUAAUUAUAAAACUAAACACGUGAAGCCGCUGAACGUGACUUUUGCAGUUUCUGAUCCAGAUGAGGAUUACAUCGAGCAAUAUGUAAGCGAGACGGAUGAGGAAGAAAUCCUAGAUAAUGAGAGGACUAUUUGUGGUGAUGGUUUGACGGUACCGGUAAGCUCUCCUCGUGGGAGAGAUACCACUCCUUUAUCAACACCGGUUGCAGUCCCGGACUCACUAACCUCUCCCUCUCCACCAGUUGCUCUUUCAAAGAAAAAAAGUUCGCUGCAACCUACCCAAGUGCCUGUUAGUACCCGUGCCAGUAUUGUCUUUCCAUUGCUUGCAAGUGGAGGAUUGUUUAACCAGCCAAGAGAACCCAACAUCAGCUAUGGUACUCUGCGAGAGGAUAAGACACCUCAGAUUUAUGUCUCGCAUUCUCACCAACUCGGAUCCAAUCCAAGUAUCUAUUCCGGAGGCGGAGGUCAUGGUAGUCAACACAGCACUGGAAGUUUGGACCAGAUUACAUCACCAACUGGAUUCAAUUCAAGCAGACCAGUUAAUGCAGGCGAAGAUUUGUACAGUUGGAUGGCCAAGCAGCAAGAAUUUAUAAAAGAGAAUGACAAGGGGCAUCUAAAAGGAAAUUGGGUCUUUCGAACUGAGCAAAAGAGCGCUAAGGAUUCGAAAAUUAACACAAUGACUACUGACGACACUGAGGACUCGGAUGUUCAAAGUGGUCCUUUUCUGUACCCAAUGAAAGAUUCCUUGAGACUGCUGGAUGCUCACCUGAUUUUCGAACCUCUUUUAUCAUCUUUAUCUGUGAUGCCACAACAAAUGCUCUCAGCGAUUGGCUCCAGCAACUUGAACAACGUUUCGUCCUUAGAUUCUCUAGGGUCGAAUCUGUCUCUUGUGGGAAGCAUGGAGACAAUGAGAAUCGAUAUUGUCGUCAGUGAGUUCGGAAAAGUUACAGACAAAAAGAAAGGAACCAAGUACCCAACGAAGAAAGGAGCAGCAAAGUUCCAUCUCGACAUACCUCCCGAAACUCCUGCUUUCUUAUGCGAAAAAAUUGGCAUUGAUAUUGACAUCAAGAAGAUGGCUGACAUGGCUGUGGACGACAUGAUUCAAAAGCAAAAUGUUUUGUACAUCUCCAGAGGACAGUUGAAAAAGCACACAAGCACCGUUGUCAAUUUUAGUCUGAAUAUACGCUACAUCAGUCAGCAAGUGAACAUGCCACUUUUGCGAUUGUUGCAUCAAAUUAGCAAUAUGUAUCAAAAUUUUAAGGAAACGCAAUUGGAGUUGAAGGAGCAGCAACCGGAAAUCAAGAGAAACAAUACUCUUCUUGUUAAUGAUGCCACAAACAAAAAUGGAUCAUUGUCAACAUCGGAUCUCCAGGAGCAACUUCUGACGGACAGUAAAAAAUCGAACGAGCCUCUUUUACGCAGUAAUUUCGAUCCAACUCAGAAAGUAAUUUCUCCGUCCGCGAGUAUCAGAUCCCGUCCACAGAGUUUCGCCCAAAAAUUGCGAAGCACUGGCAAAAGUGUGAAGGGCUACAUCAAUUUGAGCGAGGGUGUCAUCACCCCGAAUUUCGGUGCAAGUCCAAGUGGUUCCGGUUUGGAUAAAUUUAGCAUUUUGUCCGAGAAAUGCAAGGAUUCGUCGAAAUUGGCGCCACGCUGCUGGAAAACGAUUUACUACCUCCUGGAUUUGUACGCAACGAAACCGGAAACGAAAACGGUCGCUCAUCGAUUCUCUGUUCCGGCUGAUACGUCCGAAAGCAAUUACAAAGGCGGAAAGAAGUAUGAGGCGCUGAAUGAAACGAAAGACACGGAUAUAGAAAAAGGAAUAAAUGCCGAAACUAGUUCCACCCCUGUACCUCCGCCAAGAGAGCUCAAUUUGGUGACUGGUGAAAGAACAAGACUGAUUAUCUUCGGAGUAGCUAGGAUUCAUAGGACCAGACUUUUAGCCACUUUGAGUGGUUUGAAGCUGGAAGCAGAGAUAACGAGUCUGCAUGCGAGUUUAACUUGUCGGAAAAAGUCGCGACCGGCGAGUCUCGAGUGCAGUCUGACGGGCCAAGUCGGCCGGACAAUGAUAGUUUUGCUAGAAGGCGUAGCACCCAAUCAGCAAACGGUGGUCAAAGUAACAGUGGGAAAGUCGCAAGCUUUGUACUCGAGUGUCACUAGAAAACAGAAGGAUAAAAACAGUGGCUUACUGACUGUGGGCGCUGUAAAUAUUGACAUUCCGCAGCAUCCAGUUGCUCUGCAUGGAAUGAUGACCAGGGGAAGCAAACAACUCUCUUCAACCCUUCAGGAACUUCGAGUUACGAGAGCAUCGUCGAGAUUAUCUCGAGGACAACAGCAAGAAGAAAAUGAAGGCCCGCCAGCAAGUCCACAUCAAUAUCCUCCAGCACCUACGAUAGAUGUUGAAAAACCUCAGCCUGUUUCUAGUCUGCUCGAACCGAUCGUCAUGCAAUUUCACGUUAUUCUGCAAAGUCUGAGCAUCACUGCAGCCCUACUUCCUUCCUUACAAGCCCAAUACAAAAUGGACCAAGUGACCAGUUCCGGCAUAACUGGUAGCAAGGCAAAAUUUACGAUCGAUCUGCCGCAACACAGUUUGAGUUUCACAACUAAAUUGCAAGUGACGGAAGCGAAUUUGCCUUCCGAAGCGAGUGUCGAACUUCCCAAAGUUCACGUUUCGGCGGAAUACAUACAAGAUGGAAGCAGCAGUUUCAACGAAAACAAACUUGCGGGUGAGCUUCAUUCGAAUUUAUUAUACAUAUUUAGAUGGUUGCUCCACGACUGGGUAGACAUGGAAAAGUCACUGAGAUUAUGA